AUGGAUUUCCCAUCAGAUUCCUUGUACCACAAGCUUGCUACUCGAACGUCUUUCCGCCUGAUAGAGAGCAUCGAAAUCCUUCCGUACCUCAGUUGUAAAAUGAAAACUGUUUCGCUCGCCGAUCACACACCUUAUCGGGCUCUCAGUUACUGUUGGGGUUCCCCAAAGCGGAGUGUUACUUUACGAUGCAACGGAUUCAAGCUGAGAAUCUCGCCGAAUCUCGCAGAAGGGCUGAAGAAGCUACGCGCGUAUGCAGCAGAAGCCGAUGUGGGGUCGUUCUGGGUCGAUCAGAUCUGUAUCAAUCAAGAAGACAAUGUCGAGCGUACCCAGCAAGUUCGUAUCAUGCGAUCUAUCUAUAAGCGAAGUACGCGUACCAUCAUCUGGCUUCCGCUCAAGAACGAGGUUGUCAAGGCUGCAAAAGGCAUCCUAAUUCAUCUGAAUUUCUACCUCCACACCGACAGCAUUCAGCUACCGCCGAUGCAUGACGGAGGAUGGAGUGCUUUAGCUCAACUGCUGGAAUCACCAUGGUUCGAGCGUUGCUGGAUCCUACAAGAGAUGGCAGUGUCUAGAGGAUGCCCGGAGAUGCUUUGCGGUAAUCAACGAUUGUCGUGGUCGAAAUUCCAGGAAGCUAUAGAUUGGCUUAACAAGUCUGGCAUAUCCAGGAAGUUAUCGCUCAUUCCGCUCUACCGCCUUCUCGGGCUCAGCAGCGCAAGCCGGGAUCGGGAGAAUUGGCCGGAAGAAGUAGCACCUGACUAUACGAGGGGGUUAUUGGAAGUAUACGCAGGUGCCAUGAAGUACUGUAUCCGGCAGACCAGCAGCUUGAGUGUUCUAUCGCAGUUCGUCCACAACAAGAUGGCAGGAUCUGCUUCAGCGUAUCUACAUUUCCCUUCCUGGGUACCAAGGUGGGACAUUGCGGAUUCCACAUUCCGCAUUAGUGCAUUUUCUGCGCUAGAGGGUCCUGAUGGGACUCGCAUUCUCAAUAAGAAAUACAACAAUGCAUCCAUGCAUACUGGAGUUGAGAUGUAUCAAAAUACCCCAUUGGGCGUUCUUCGCUUGUUUGGUAUGCAGAUCGACACAGUGAACGUUUGUCUUCCUACAGUAAUGCCAGAUGACGCCAAGUUCCAUGCAAGGGUACCAGAGCGUUACGGAGACUAUCUGUCAGACCUUCUCCCACAACUAUACAGGAUGUGUGAGAAGCACGUCAAACACGUCUCGCAUCAAUUCGACUUAACGUUCUUCCUGGUAACCACAGCAGGCUUAACGCCUGAGGACUGGGACGCUCGAUGGUCCUCUCGAUCUGACGCGCAGAGUGCUUUGGAGUCCAUUGUUAACCCUCCGCAAGAAGAAUGGGCAAUAGGACAAACACCCUUAUCGAACCCAAAAGACCGACCCCAGCGGCAGUCGACUGAGUCAUACCCUCCAUCACCCAACUGCUCCAGGGACGCUAUCCAAACCGCUACAUCGCAUCAAUCCAACGACUUAUGA